UGCUUGCCUUGGCAAUCUCCUAAACUAAAGGCCUUUGAUGUCACCACUGAGUGGAGUCGAUUCAUAGCCACACAAUUGUUAAUUACUGAUUAUGAUAAUAAGGAAAAGAAUAAAUAGUGCACUGUGGCUAUAUUAAGUCUCUAUUCAUCACCAGGAGAUUCAACUCCAGCGAUGCAGUUUGAGGAGGAGGAGGAAGAACAGUGAUCUUUGAUUUGUUCUCUUCUCAUCCUCCAUCUUUUCUGAGUUUGGAGGUGGAUUGGUUCUAGCUAGUCUCAUGGCUGCAGUAGUGGAUCAGCGUAAUGCUAUGCAAGCUUUGUUUGCUUUGUCUGACAGUUUUGCUGAUGAAGAAGAAGCUUCGGGCCAUGGCGUCCCUGAUCUUUCAACCUAUUCUUUCUCCUCUUCUGUUCAUCAAAAUUCUGUUUUGAAUUGCUCUUCCUCUUCGUUACCGGCUGUCGGCCUCGUUCCGGCGAGUUUGUUGGGUCAGGUGAACCAGCAGGCGGUAGUUGACGGCCUCCUCUCCCCUGCUCGAAGCCACCACGCUCUGUUCCACAAGCCAGUUCUGCAGGGCAUGAAGCGAGCCAGCAAGCUCUACCGCGGCGUGCGGCAGCGGCACUGGGGGAAGUGGGUGGCCGAGAUUCGACUCCCCCGGAAGCGAACGCGUCUCUGGCUCGGCACCUUCGACACCGCGGAGGAUGCCGCCAUGGCCUACGACCGCGCCGCCUUCAAGCUCCGCGGAGAGGCCGCGCGGCUUAACUUCCCGGCCCCCUGGAGAAACGUGAUUCACUUUCCCUCCCCGCUCCUCUCCACCGUCGACGCCAAGCUCGACGCCAUCUGCAAAAGCACGGCGGCUUCGCCGGGAAAGGAAAAGGCCUGCGCCGCCGUCUUCGCCGCCGCUAACGAAGACGGCGGCGCAAAAGCUGAAGUCAUUGCCUCAGAGUGUUCGUCGUCGCCGGAGGAGGAGGAGGAGGAGGAGAAGGAGAAGAAGCCCGUGGACCCAUUAGCAGCCUCGCAGAUGCAGGACCUGAAGUUUGCCGACGCUCCGUGGGAGGAAUCAGAGUGCUUUAAGCUAUUCAAGUACCCAUCGCUGGAGAUCGACUGGGAUUCGAUUCUGUCUUGAUCUUCAGGUCGUCGGAUCGGUCGCCGCGAGUUGAAUCAUCGGCAUCUGCAAUUGAAUGCUGCGCUUUUUAAGGCAUCUGCAGGAGAAGACGUGUUCUUACUUUGAUCACUGUGUAAUUCCUCAUGUCAAAGGCAAAGAAGAUGUGUUCAUGUUUAGCAGAGAACAGAUCGUGAUGAUUUGACAUGGGCAGAUCGAAAAUCUUACUGUCCAGUAGCACGAUUGUUGCUCUUGUUCAUUGCUAGAAGAUGGUGAAGAAUGCCAUCAAAAUUACUUCUUCUACAAUCUUAUAAUUAUGAAAGACAUUGUAAAAUGCCAUUAACA